GAGGGUUUGUGACGUGGAUGAUGACGGAUGAACAGCUGCGCUUUCACCUAAAGCUUAGUUUAACCUCCAUCAGCUGACAUUAAAGGCGCCCAGCGUGAAGUCACGUCCCGCUGCAGGUAGAGUUUCAGAACGGCAAGCGUGAAAUCCUGUGGAGGGGGUGGAAAUGUCAUCAGCCAAGCAGUGCUCCGUAAGGUCACUUUGCCUUUGAGGGCACGGCAAUGGAAACAAAUACAAAUCCUGAUAACUUAAGUUCAGAGCAGCUGAUCUGAGGUCAAAUUAACAUCUUGCAGCGUUUAUCUUGUGUCAUAUGUAGCAGACUCAUAGCCAUCCUAUGUGUUAAUACCUACAGCCUGCAGAGCAAAAUCUUGUUGCUACUGCGACAGUUGGUCUAGAUUCCUAGGCUUAGCAGACUCAAUCACUGUAGAUGAGUUUAGUUUUUAAGAUUUUGAGUAACAGAGUUUUGUAACUUUUUAGCGGUGAGCUGAUGAGCGUGUGCUUUUGAUUCCUGUUAGCAGAGCGAGUCAGCUUUUGUUCAGAGCUAAACAACGUCCACCUAUUGUGGGUGAUGUAAUGGAAGCGACCUCUUGGGGCCACUUGCAGAAAAGAAACUAAGGAAAAUGUCAAGAAUAAGAGUUGAAGUAGCCUAACUGUUUUGGGAAAAAUAAAUUCACUAGUAGUUGAUUUCAGGAGUAACGAGUGGACUUGGAUCCUUUAGUGUUCCUGAACCUGACUUGUUUCUGUUUCUGGGUUACAGCUGAGUUUUUACUGAGUAAACUAAAAACGUCAGGCAAGCUGCAGGCUUUUGGCUACUUCUGCUGCAGCGCCCAAAGUAGAAGUCAAUGAACUUCCUGUAAUCUUUCACAAUAAAAGUCCCAAACAUGCACACAUGCCUAAAUAUCAUCUGAAGCUGAGUCAAGUAAAACUCAUCUAAAUCCUGGUCCCCGAGUGGCCGUGUGCAGCAUAUUUUAGUUGUUUCCCUGCUCCAACACACCUAAUUCAGUGACUGAGCUCACCAAGCUCCACAGAAGCCAGUUAAUCACUUACGGAUUAAAGUCAGGUGUGUUGGAGCAGAGAAACAACUAAAACAUGCUGGAGAGCAGCACUCGAGGACCAGAGUUGCCCACGCCUGCCCUAAAAGAACAGUGCCGGUGGAGUUCAGGUCCAGAUGCUUUGCACUAAAAAGAUUUCUUUAUUAAUAACCUGAUUAUGAUUUAACUCAUCUUAAUCUCAAAAUAAAAACCCUCUGACUUUUUUCUCUCAACCUUUCUAUUUUAAUCCAGAAAUAGUAUUUUCUUGACAUUGUACCUUUAGUCCAGACACUUAGUCUUCUUUCCUCUGUGUCCGGUCUUUGAUGCAACCUUUACUGUACCUUUGUAUGAAUCUGCCAUUGAUUUAAAUGUAAAACACAAAUCCCUGUGCAUUUAACCCGCUGCUUGUAGCAACCUGUCUUUUCAUUUAUUAUAAACUCAAAUAUUUGAUGCUUUUACUCAAAGUGAAUGUCCAACUGUUUCUAAAAUAGACCCGUAGGGUUUGUACCCGUGACCUUUGUGCACUUGUAUGAAUGUCGGUGGUUGUUAAAUGUAGCACUUUAGUUGUCAGACAGGGAUGUUGUCGCUGAUUUUAAUGAUCCAGCUGUACUUGAUCCUGACCAGGGUAAAUACAUAUCUCCCCUGACUGUCAUGAGACACCCGGCUGAACCUUGAACCUCCCUAAAACACACUCCUACUGAACUACUGUUAACUGUUGACCAUGAAUCUGUGAAUAAAAGAAACCUUUUUGGGACACUUUUUGUUUUUCAUUCUUAUUCCACUGAAAACUCAUUUAUGUUAAAGCCUCACGUCCAAACAGUGACACGUCAGAAACAAAUUGCUUCAUAAAAUUUAUGUGACCAUUACGGGGAAGGGCUUAAGUCUUGUGACUUCGUUUGGAGACCUUUGCUCCUUGAUGGUAUGGAGAGAAAAAAGGGGUGCAGAACUAAAACAUUAUCCGACUGGUUAGAGGUCUCUGAAGCUUCAACCUGUUGACAUUUUGAAUUAUGAGAGAAGAAACCACAGAUCAGAUUGAGUUCAGUGUGUCUCCUGCCUCCUCCAUGCAGCAGCUCAUCAGUGUGUGGGUGCGAGACCCGCGAAUACAGAAGAAUGAUUUCUGGCACGCCUACAUAGACUACGAGAUCUGUUUACAUACCAACAGCGUUUGCUUCACCAAGAAGAUCUCCAGUGUGAGACGGAGGUACAGUGAGUUUGUAUGGCUCAGGCAGAAACUGCAGGCUAAUGCAUUGCUAAUGAUAAAGCUACCAGACCUGCCUCCCAAAAACCCUUUCUUCAGCCUGAACAACGCUCAGCAGAUAACAGACCGGAUGAAGGGCCUCCAGAAAUUUCUGGAACAGAUCCUUCAGAGCCCUCUGCUGCUCUCUGACAGCUGCCUGCAUCUUUUCCUGCAGUCAGAGCUCCGUGUGUCCAGGAUAGAGGCCUGUGCUGCGGGGAAAACCAGCUUUUCUGUGGCCCAGGCAGUUCAGGGCAACGGGCUGCGGCGAUUUCACUCAGAGGAGGACCUACAGAAGGAUCUGUGCCUGUCAUGUGACUCUGACUCAGACAGGUAUUGUAAUGCUGCGUUUUGGAAUGUCCAGACCAGUGGAAAUAAAUCCCACUAUUGCAAAAGCCUCCAAAUAUAACUGUUCUGCUUUCUGUAUCAGAUUACAACAUCUGUAACUUUAUUCUCACUCCUAUUCAUCACGGCUCAGACUGUAGAGAACCUGACGGCAAGUUUAAGGAGUUGACAUUUAACAAGAGCACAGCUUCCCUCGAUUCCAUAUCGACCUGGCAAGAAGAGAUGCUCAACUUCUCACCUGGUUCUACAUAAAAAAAAAACUGGAGCGUUUUUCUGGAUUCCUGUUCAGUGGCUCUGUAAUAGAAAAAAGAAAACUCAAAUCAGGCUUUGUGAAUAUAAGUGAUUAACUGAUUUACUGAAUGAAUUCAAAAAUAAACAUAUGAAGUGUAAGUUAUAAUAAAUGUGUUAUAUGUUGCAGCAUUGUGCCUGAAGGUGGCAGUGUUGCCUCAGUUUGUACAUUAAGUUCUUAUGAACAUAACUACAUGUCUGCUUUGUAAACAAAUCUUACAGAAACACAGAUUGUCAUUUUACUCAUGAAACUACAUAUGACCAUGUUAUCUAAGACAGCCUGAUGGCGUGUGAGGUGAACUCAAACUACCUGCUGUGUAACAGCUGCAGCUUGGGCAUCUCAUGGGGCUUACAGGAGAUGUACAGUUGGAUGUCAUCAGCAUAAAGAUGGUAGGAGAUUCAUUUAAAAGGCUCAGCAUGUACUGAAGAGGAAGCAGAUAGAGGAGGAAAGGUAGUGGCCCCAGCACAGAACCUCACUGUGUUGGAGGAUCGAAACCUGGAGACGGCCACAGAGAAGGAACGCUCAGACCGAUAAGAGAACCAUUCCAGUAGCAGGUGAUGGUCAACAGUAUAAAGGCUGCUGUUCAGUUCAGCAGAACCAGGACAGAACAGGUACAGGUACAGGUACUCAACCAGUUCCAAACAGCAGGAACCCAAAUAUAUUAGUAUCUUCUACAUCCUCCAUGGACAGCCAUAACAGAUACUUAGUCUUCCGUCAUCUGAAGGCAAUUGUCUAUGGUGUGAAGAUACGAGAUGUGCAACACCUGAAACUACGGAUACUGCAAGCCUGCGCUGGCAUUUCUCCUGUGGUGUUGCCGUCAGUGUGUGAACAGUGGGAGAAGAGGGUUGCACUGACAAUCCAAUACAAUGGGCAGCACAUUGAACACAUUUUAUAAGUUGUCAGAAACUUGUAAAUAACUCAUGAAAGAAUAAAGUUACAUUCCAACCAAGCA